AUGUACGCGUGCUCCCGUUGCCGUGGCAGCAGCGAUUUCAGGAAGGACGUUGGGCGAUUAAUGAUGGAUGCUCGAGAGUCAGAAGAUCUGCUGGGCGGCAACGAGAACAUAGUUGACAUGCAGAGUUUGGAUGAAGAGGACUUUGCUGUUUCAAAAUCAUCAGAUGCCGAUGCAGAAUUUGACAUAGUAAUUGGGAACAUCGAGGAUAUUAUAAUGGAGGAUGAGUUCCAGCAUCUUCAACAGUCUUUUAUGGAGAAAUAUUACCUUGAGUUUGAUGACUCAGAGGAGAACAAGCUCAGCUAUACACCCAUUUUUAACGAAUAUAUUGAAAUCCUAGAGAAGCAUCUGGAACAGCAGUUGGUGGAACGAAUUCCUGGAUUUAACAUGGAUGCCUUCACCCAUUCACUUAAACAGCACAAAGAUGAAGUCUCAGGUGACAUACUUGACAUGCUGCUUACUUUCACUGAUUUUAUGGCCUUUAAAGAGAUGUUCAUUGACUACAGAGCUGAAAAGGAGGGCAGAGGAUUGGAUCUUAGCACCGGACUAGUGGUAAAGUCUUUAAAUUCUUCCUCCGCUUCACCUCUGACCUCAAGCAUGGCCUCACAGUCCAGCUGAAUCAGCAAAAACAGAAGAUUUAAAGUAAAUGAACUAGUUCAAGUGACACAAAUGAUUACUCUCAUUUACAAAAAGAUGAAUAUUUAUUGAACAAGCCUUUCUGAUGCAUCCCAAAACAAACAGUCAUGUUAUGGUAACCUCUCCUAAGGGAAUCUGUGUUUGGUUUAAGGUUAAUGUUUAAACGUCACAGUCAGGUGAACUGUCAGCUUAUCCGGUAUGAUUCUUCUUGCAGUAUUCUUAUGACGGACUCAAUAUUCAUGUCUUAUUGGCCUAAAGAGCAACAAAAAGUAGAAUACGGUGAUAAGCAUGUAAAGCUGCUACUUUAUUACAUAUUAAGGACCCCACCAUUUUAUAUAUAAUUGUAUACGAAAAGACGACUUUCGCUUGACAACCAUAAAGGGCUUUUCAAUACAAAGUAUUAUACAAUGUGCCUGAUAUGACGUACGUUUUAAAAGACCCUUUUAUUCAUUCAGAAAGCUUCCCUAGGUGCAAAAAAAUUGGAUAAAUCUAUAAAUUUACCCAUAACAAUGCAAAUAAUCUCAUACAGAUUUUUACUAUGAUGUCAAGUCAAGUUGUGGAUUGCUCUCAUACGUUCUGAGAAGCAGAAUGACUCAAAAUAGCCUGUUUUGAAUACAGUGCACAUUUCAGCCUUUUCACUCCUCUAGACUGUGUUGUUCUGACUAGAUGAAUGUUUCGUAAAUUGUGUAUAUUUGUUUACUAUUUGUAUAUAUAGACAUAUUUGAACAUGUCCAUUGAAGAAAUAAAUACAGUGGUUCUUUAA